AUGAAUAAAGGAAGCUCGCACAUUCGAAUUUGCAGUGGAAUGUCUUCAUGGGAUUAUUUAGUUUCUUUGUCAAGAGUUAUUUUUGGAAUAGUAUAUUACACCAGAAACACCACAAAGUUCGCUUUACUUGAAUGUGUGGCACAGUUGACGGUUCUUAUUAAUCACUCAUUCUGGUGUUUAACGCUGGGUAACACAGUUAUUUGUGGCUUAACCCGGCGUUUCAACAGAGUGUAUCCUGUGCUGCGCUGCAUUAUCGACUGCACAGAGGUUUUUAUCGAAAGACCAAAAUCUUUGGAGCUUCAAGCACAAACCUGGUCAGAUUACAAAAGCCAUAAUACAAUUAAAUUUUUAAUUGGAAUUUCUCCUACUGGUUUCAUCACUUUCCUGUCAGAUUGUUAUGGUGGUCGAACGAACGAACGCAUUUGUGAGGAUAGUGGGUUUUUUGAUGCGCUGGAAAGAGAGGAUGAAAUAAUGGCAGACAGAGGGUUCCAAAUAAAAGAAGAUCUACUUUUAAGAUUUUGUAGUUUAAGUGUUCCACCAGGUGCUAGAAUAAAAGCGCAAAUGACCACUGAAGAAUGUAAACGUACUAAAGAUGUUGCAAAUUUGCGGAUUCAUGUUAAACGAGCAAUUAAUCGCAUAAAAACGUUUCGCAUUCUCAAGUAUGUGUUACCAAUCACCAUGCUUCAACAUGCUGAUCAUAUUGUUCCAACCUGUGCUGCUCUGUGCAAUUUAACGCCACGCCUCAUGCAAGCAAAAUAA